AGUAGUCAUGCUAGUAGUGACCGAUUGACUGAGGGGGAGCUGCAGAGUGUUGACGACUUGCUGAAUAGGAAAGACCAUUUGGACAUUAAUUCAUCGCGGUGUACAGAGCUGUUUCAUUAACCGGUGAAGUAUGACCGGGGAGACCUUCAGAGUGUUAAGAUUAUGCCGGCAUCACCUGUCCCUGCUCCGAAGAUAUCCACAGACCGGCUUAUCAGUCCCAACACGCAGGUCCUUCAGUUCACUCAGGGAAGGUAAGCGCAGAGGGCUGUUAUGGAAGACACUGGUUGGCCUCUCUGUUGGCGUACCUGUGGCGGUGGGUGUCCAGUACGCUCUAUCAAACCCUAAAGAGAGGAGGAAGAUGAGGAUCGUGACUGAAGGAUUUGGCCGGUUCUGCAGAUCCGUCUCUGUUGGAAUCUUCAUCUCUAUGGAUUACUGGUGGACAACCAAUGUGGCUCUUCGUGGAGUCGAUGAGAGCAGCCCAUCCUACGUGACUGAGAUGUCGGCCUGCCACCAGAGGGCAGCAGAGUGCAUGGUGGAGGGAGCUAUAAGGAACGGCGGACUAUACAUCAAACUCGGCCAAGGUCUGUGUGCCUUCAACCACCUGCUGCCCCCCGAGUACAUCCGCACCCUGCAAGUCCUGGAAGACAAAGCCUUGAACAGGAAGUACAAAGAGGUGGAUGCACUCUUUGAAGAAGACUUCGACAAAUCUCCAGAGCAGCUUUUUAAAACGUUCGACUAUGAACCAAUAGCUGCUGCCAGCCUGGCUCAGGUUCAUAAGGCAGAACUGUUUGACGGGACUCCUGUCGCUGUGAAGGUGCAGUACAUUGAUCUCAGGGAUCGCUUUGAUGGUGAUAUCAGAACACUGGAGAUCCUGUUGGACAUAAUUAAGUUUAUGCACCCCACAUUUGGAUUCCGAUGGGUCCUAAAGGACUUGAAGGGUACACUGGCUCAGGAGCUGGACUUUGAGAAUGAAGGCAGGAAUUCGGAGAGAUGCGCUGAGGAGCUAAAACAUUUUAAAUUUGUUGUUGUGCCCAAAGUCUUCUGGGACCAAACAAGCAAGAGAGUGCUGACAGCAGAGUUUUGUAGCGGCUGUAAAAUCAACAACGUGGAAGAAAUUAAACGACAGAGAAUAAAUCUGAAAGAUGUUGCAGAUAAACUGAUCAGAACAUUUGCUGAGCAAAUCUUCUACACUGGUUUUAUCCAUGCAGACCCUCAUCCUGGAAAUGUUCUGGUGAGGCGGGGUCCCGACAACAAGGCUGAGUUGGUGCUUUUGGACCAUGGCUUGUAUGAAUACCUCAGUGAACAGGAUAGAGAGUCCCUCUGUAAACUGUGGAGGUCCAUCGUGCUGAGAGAUGAGCAGGAAAUGAAGAUGCAUUCCAAAGCACUCGGGGUCAAAGAGUAUUUCCUCUUCUGCGAGAUGCUGCUGCAACGACCCAUCAACAUGCGCAGCUUUGGCCUGUCCAACAUCCUCAGCAAAGAGGAGACUGCCUAUAUGCGUCAAAUGGCCAUCCACCGGUUUGAAAGCAUCAUGCAGGUGCUAAAAGCCAUGCCACGGCCCAUGCUGCUGGUCUUCAGGAACAUCAACACGGUCCGGAGCAUCAACAUCACACUGGGAGCACCGGUGGACCGCUACUUUGUCAUGGCCAAGAGUGCGGUGCGAGGCUGGGGGAAGAUCCAGGCAGAGAAGACAGGAAUACUGCCCAGACUGUGGGUCUUCCGCUGGGUGAGGACAACAUGGGAGAGCCUUAAGUUUGAAGUGGCUUUGAGAUCAGAGAUGGCAAUGAUGAGUCUGACGCGCGCAUUCCUGAGGCUGCUGGAGUAUUUGGGUCUCACAUCUGUGGAUGCCGACGUGUAUGACUACCUGACAUAGUGAUCACGUGUCACACUACAGAGAAGAAGGACAAGUGAAUGUAGCUCAACGGCAAGGAGCCUUUCACUGCUGCUGGUUAUGGUGCUGCUUGUGUGUGCAAUCUUCCCAUCACCAAAUCAUGUUCAGUGUCAGGAUGAGCGACAGCGUCCUCAACUACAGGACUGGAAGGCAGAGCAGACUUCCAGACACCAGAACAUAACAGCCAAUUAGAAUUCUUUUAAAUUAUUUAACAUGUAAUAAAAUAUUCUACCUCCA